GCUUUUCUUGUCUUCUGUGUCCCAACUGGUAUCUGUCUGAGCGCUCCUGCUUGCCCCUCAAGCAUCGAACGCUUAUACACCAACGUCUAUAGGAGACAUGGCCUCAGACGAACAAGGAUGUGAGCGCCGUCAGGCACUGUCCUUUUCUCUUGCUCUACGUUCUCCAGGCAGGAAGAGAAUCGGUAUCAUGAGGCCUCCAACUCCUCCACCCACUUGCGAGGAAAGGGUCCAUUAUCCAGUCUUCGACCCGCAAGAUCCUCGACAUAACCCUACAGCAUCUCCAUGGUACCGUGAUGGCUAUUACAUUUCUGAACCGUCCAGAUCUCCAAACUCAGUCCGUUGGAUGCAGAGUCUACCCAAGCGGUCUCUUCGAAAGGCACGUUCGGGGUUUUUGGCUCUCAGAUCUGGAAUACAACGGCGUCCGCUCUCUCAUGAUCAAGUUUUCCAGCGCGAUAUACCCAGUAUUUGGUCUUCGUCUGACUGGGGGGGAGCGCUUUUCGAUCAACCAGAAAAUCGACCCUCAUCUACUGUAUCGGAAGCCAGCACUGAAGAAGAUUUUGACUUCGGGUUCGAUCUUGAACGGACGAAAUGCAACUGCUAUUCCCUUGAGAGAUACCUCCUUGAUCCGCCCUCCUCCAUCACACUAACCGAUACUGCUUUCCCUCCUGAACUAAAUAUGGAGACUUACGGUCCAAGCAGCUUGGUCUCUGAGGAAAAUACACUCAACAAUUUGCGCCAGGAAAACACAGCUGAUCUGGAAAAAUCUGAGGAGUCACCACAAAAGCAAGCUACAGAACAACAUGAUGGCUUAAUCGACAGAACGGCUUUGUAUAAUGAGACUCCGAAUUUCAUCGCGUCCACGUCACCGUCUCAAAGUCCUCGCAGGUCGAGUAUCCCUCAGAUAACAGGCAUCCAAUUUGCCAUGGAGCCUCUUCAAAUGUUUGAUCGCACAAGCACGGAUCGCUGUCAAACCAAUGGGACUGGUCAUCAGCCGCAUCAGCCGCAACUUUUUCUUGCUGAGACCCUGGGGGAUUCCUCAACAGAAAUCACAGAAAUCGUUGAAGACUUGCCGAGUGUGGAGGAGUAUCAAUUGGCUGAAACUCAGCAAGACGCAUUGAGCACUGAAAUACUUGAAAAUAAUGUAGAGACACAACAGGAGCGCAGAACCAAUGCUUCGCUCCCUUCGCUUGAUCACACAGACUCUGGGCUAGCUUGGGUUGGCGGCUCUUCUUUCGUGGAGCAGGACAAUAUCAACACACAUGUUGACCACUCUGUGCGCUUCAGUGACUACAAUGAAGACGGCACAGCUACAGAUAUAUCAUCAGUAUCAAUGGAUCCUUGGUCGCCUGUUGGAAAUGAUGACCUCGUGUCCCUGCCGUCCGUCAGAGAUGAGUACUUCCUCCUUGACAAAUCGAGCGAUUUCCGGCCAGACCGAGGCGAUACACCGAUUAAGACAGACAGAAGAAUUAUCAGUGAUGGCAGUCUUCACAGUGGCCCAGGUCUUGACCGGAACGUUAGGGCACAAGAUAUCCCUGAAAUAAUUGGCCCGGGAGACUUUCUCCAAAGACACGUUUCACACCCUGGAAAUCGAUUAAGAGUCGAACGGGAUGGAAGUGACUCAACUGAUGAAUACAUCGCUACCUACCCUGUGUUUGAAAGACGCCAUUACUCCUGAUGUUUCGCGAUGCGAACAAACCAUUUUAUCUGCUGCUCAGUUCCUGCACAUGCCGUACUUAUUGGGCUUCGUGUACUCUGACGCCCCAUUUUCUUCGAGUCGCGACCUGUAUUGCUAUGAGGAUACAUAUAUUUACAAGUGUAAGACAAGAAACAAACUCGACGGGUGGAAUCUCUGAUUAAGCGUCCUUGGAAAUUUGUUUUCAAUACCAUUCCUUUACAACUAACGAUCCCUUGACUGAGGAUGUACCAAGAGAAGAAACUAUUACUAGAAGAAUUGGAUAUGAUCUUUUCAUCUCGCUUGAGAUGAAGAAUAUACAGACAUUUCAUAUCU